AUCUCAGCCUUGGCCAUCAGCCUGUCACCCUCACUGGCCACCAUGCUGGUGUUGGGGCUCCUUGUGGUCAUACUGGCCUACCUGAGUGUCACGGUCUUGAUGUCUGUCUGGCAGAAGAAAUCCAGGGAAAAACUCCCUCCAGGACCCACUCCUCUGCCUUUCAUUGGGAACUACCUGCAACUGAAUACAAAAGACAUUUAUAGUUCCAUCACAGAGCUCAGUGAGCGUUAUGGCCCUGUGUUCACCAUCCACCUUGGGCCUCGUCGUGUGGUGGUGCUGUACGGAUACGAGGCCGUCAAAGAGGCUCUGGUGGACCAAGCUGAGGAAUUCAGCGGACGAGGCGAGCAGGCCACCUAUAACACACUCUUCAAAGGCUAUGGGGUGACGUUCAGCAGCGGGGAGCGAGCCAGACAACUCAGGCGCUUCACCCUGGCUACACUGAGAGACUUCGGCGUGGGCAAGCGUGGUGUGGAGGAGCGCAUCCAGGAGGAGGCGGGCUGUUUAAUCCAGAGGCUGCAGGCCACGUGCGGAGCCCCCAUUGACCCCACCUUCUACCUGAGCAAAACUGCCUCCAACAUCAUUAGCUCCAUCAUCUUCGGGGACCGCUUCGACUACGAGGACAAGGAAUUCUUGUCACUGCUGCGGAUGAUGAAUCAGAUGAACAGAUUCGCAGCUUCCCGCACGGGACAGCUCUACGACAUGUUCCAUUCAGUGAUGAGGUACAUGCCAGGACCACAGCAACAGAUCAUCAAGUACACUCAGGAACUGGAAGAGUUCAUGAUAAGGAAAGUGAAGCAGAACCAGAGUACCCUGGACCUCAAUUCCCCACGGAACUUCAUUGACUCCUUUCUCAUCCACAUGCAGGAGGAGAAGAAGGACCUCAGUUCAGAGUUUCACAUGAAGAACCUGGUGAUGACAUCACUAAGCCUGUUCUUUGCCGGGUCUGAGACCGUCAGCUCCACGCUGCGCUAUGGCUUCCUGCUGCUCAUGAAGCACCCGGAUGUGGAGGCCAAGGUCCACGAGGAGAUUGAGCGGGUGAUUGGCAGGAACCGACAGCCCCAGUAUGAGGACCGCCUGAAGAUGCCCUACACCGAGGCUGUGAUCAAUGAGAUCCAGAGAUUUUCUAACUUUGCUCCCUUGGGCAUUCCUCGAAGGAUUACCAAGAACACCACAUUCCGUGGCUUCUUCCUCCCCAAGGGCACUGAAGUGUUCCCUAUACUAGGUUCUCUGAUGACAGACCCAGAGUUCUUCCCUGGUCCCAAAGAUUUCAACCCCCAGCACUUCCUGGAUGACAAGGGGCAGCUGAAGAAGAACGCUGCUUUUUUGCCCUUUUCCACAGGAAAGCGGAUCUGUUUGGGAGAUGGCCUGGCUAAGAUGGAGCUCUUCCUCUUCCUCACCACCAUCUUGCAGAACUUCCAUUUCAAGUUCCCAAAGAGGCUUGAAGACAUCGAUGAAUCUCCCAAACCCUUGGGAUUUACAAGGAUCAUACCAACUUACACCAUGAGCUUCCUCCCCAUCUGAUUCUGGGUUGAAGCAUGGUGGGGCAAGAGGGAGGGGGACACUGGAGUAGAGCCAGAGUGAAGGGAGAAGGGGAAAAACUGCACGUUAAGAAGAGAUCACAUGCAGAGAAGAGGCAGAAAAGACUACUCACUUUGCUAAAAUUGUGACGGUAAUAAAAACAUGCAGUGGACAGUGGUAACAGCAGCUGCCACUCACUGAGCAAGGA